GUUAGAGCUGUGCUCCUUUAUCUUUUCCUCUUCUCUGAGAAUCUUCGCGCUUGGCUUUCAUUGCGCAUAUAUUCCCCCUAGGCCUCGAGUUCCGGCUCAUUCGCUUCCGCUCCUUUCAACUCUCAACGUCCAACGCCCAUGUUGCUAACAAAUGGGUCACCUAUUCUUCCCCUCCUAGGUACCGUCAUCAACUCUAUCCUUGAGGUUUUCUUGAUAUGCUUGGCUGGCAACAUCGCUGCCCGCAAGGGUAUCAUAGAUAAGAAUGUGCAACGCGCUCUUAACAAACUCAACGUCUUCAUCUUCACACCUUCUCUUCUCUUCUCCAAAGUCGCGUUCUCUCUCAAUCCAGCGAAACUUCAGGAACUAUGGAUCAUCCCCUUUCUCUUCGUGGUCGUCUCAGCUAUAUCAGGGCUUGUAGCCAAUCUCGUAGGGAGGGUGUUCAGGCUGAAGCGGUCGCAAAGGAACUUUGCCAUAGCCGCCUCCAUGUUCAUGAACUCCAAUUCUCUGCCAAUUGCCCUCAUGCAGAGCCUAGUCGUCACUGUCUCUGCACUCCGGUGGGACCAGGAUGACGAAGCAGAUGCGAUGCUCGGACGCGCCCUGACGUACCUUGUUCUGUUCAGCACGUUAGGCAUGGUGCUUCGCUGGAGCUAUGGCGUCAGCCUGCUCGCCAAAUCAGACGAACCGGACCGCAAAGACCCCGCGUAUCUGGAUGUCGAACGCGCGCCCCAGCCGGACAUCAACAUCGUCGUUCACGGUCCUGAGACAAACUACGGCUCGCUGAACAAUGAUGGGCGCUCAGACUCAGACAGCGAGGAAUCCAACUUCAUAUCUGAUACCGGGCGAAAGAACGGGAGCGCCGUGCCGAAUUCAUAUAAGCAACCUCACUCCAGCUACGCUUCAACGUCAUCCUCGCUUCCCCACCUUCCUCCCACGUCGCCUUCAGAGGCAGGCUCACAUACCCCAGAAUCAAGCUCAGUCCCGGUGAAGAAGAGCAUAUUUGCUCCUCUCAAGCGCGCAUGGCACGCAAUCAACGGGUUCAUGACACCCCCACUAUGGGCGGCACUACUAUCGCUUGUCGUCGCAUGCGUCCAACCCUUGCAGCACUUCCUCGACCAGCACUUCCCGCCCGUCAAAGGUGCCUUGUCCGCUGCUGGCAGCUGCUCCGUCCCCGUGACGAUGGUCGUCCUCGGCGCGUACUUCUACAACUCAGGCAGCAACGACGCUGGCAAAUCCAGUUUCAGACCUGACAGAGUUGGAGUUGGUGCGAGUGCCAUCAGCGCUCCCUCAGCGACUGGUCAUGGCGAUGAUGAAGCAGUGGACGAGCGAACGCCCCUAUGCCCCAAAGGCCCGGGACGCAGAGUGCACAAGGAGCGCAGCACGGGCACGCUUGCGAGCGUGCCGAGCACCAAGUCGAUCAUCAGCUUCUUCCAGGGCGCGUUCCGGCCGAAACAGCCGAAGCGCGGCGCCGUCUAUCUCGAAGGCGACGAGGAGGCGGGGCGGAGCGCGCGUACAAGUGCAGAGACGUCUGAAGACGAGUCGGACGAUGCGCUCGCACCCUCUGCGUCGCACGAUCGCGAUGCCACAGCGGUCGAAUGGGAGCCGCCGGCGUCGUGGAAGCAAAUCGAGACCCCCGACAACGUCGACAGGCGAGGCGAGGGCCGCACGGUGCUCGUGGCUGUGCUUUCGCGCAUGGUGCUUGUGCCGCUUGUGCUUAUACCCCUGUUUGCGCUGGCGGUGCAGUGGGACGCGCAUGAACUGUUGGAUGAUCCGGUAUUCAUUGUAUCGACAAUCCUCCUGAUCGCGAGUCCACCUGCAAUCACGCUUGCGCAGAUCACGCAGGCAGCGUCGAGCGACGCCUUUGAGCGCCUUGUGAGCCGGACCAUCUUUUGGAGUUAUUGCAUUGUUACGCCUCCGACCACGAUCGUUGUCGUGAUUGUUGGGCUUCUUAUCGCUGGGUUGGCCUGAGGUGGUUACUUUAGUGGAUAGACGGAAUGUAGGUGGUGGACCUUCAUCUUACAUUGUAUCUAUAGCAUAUGUUUCUUGUUUUCAAUGCGAUAGAUCAUACAGUAUAUCUUCUAACGUUAUGUUAUUCCUGUGAGAGCACCUGGUCCUCUCAAAAUGAUACGAAGUUCUACUAGGAGGCGUGUUAUCAUAUCCAUGGCUCCGGAGUCCGGACUCAUUAUAAUCGGAAGGCAAAGCGGCAGGGUUCAAAAUAUUACUACUAGCUAUGCAUCAGCAGCUAUGCACGCAUCUUAUCGCCUACUUAAUGAUAUGAUAGAACCUAUCAACC